UGUCUUUCGUUAGAUAAAACGUGCUGUUUUUUUUUUUGAAGUUUAUAGUUUUUAAAUAGUUUUUUAAAUAAGGUAAGUGCCGUUGUGAGUUGUCGAGCUAUCUCAUAGACGCAGUCUUGAGAAAUUUUCUUUCACAAUGAGCUCGGGUGAGGGCGAAGAACCCCACACAAAGGGUGAUUUGAUACAUUUGCCCGCAAGUUCUGACGGCGAAAUUUCGGGGGUUGAAAAUGAUGUCCCUGCUGUAGGGGCUAAUGAAAUAGUUUCAGUUGUCGAAUCUGUUGCUCAAAAUGUAAGCUCCGAGACGGGUAAGUCCGGAAAAGUUAAAGUAAAAAAUACUCGUAAACAAAAAGAAAAGAAAACUAACAAAGCUUCUCAGAAGGCUAAUAAAAAGGGUACAAAUAAGAAAACUUCAAAAAGUAAAGAAUCUAAGUUGGACAUAAAUGAUUUGUCUAAACAAGAUAUUGAUAUUUUGAAGCGUAAGCUUGGUUUUCCCAAUGUUUUAGGCGAGAAUCUUGAAGAAGAAUCAAAUUUUAUUCCAGAUUACGAAGAUUUUUCAGACGAAAAUUUUGAUCCAAAUAACCGUCCAAAUCUCAGAGUUGAAAUUGAUAGCAAUGAUAUUUCUGACUCGGAAUAUGAUUUGUCUCGAGCACAACACGAGAAUUUUUCUGUUAACAAAAAUAUGUCAAACAGAAUGUUACAGGCUAUGUUUGGUAGUGAUAGUAAUAGUGAAUCAAAAUUACCAGAAUCAAAAGAUGAAUGGGCACCCCCAAAAUUGAAAAGUGUUGUAAGAGGAGAUUCUAUUUCCCCAUCAUUAGCAAAGUUAAUAGAUAUGACCUGUACUUCAGCUUGUUGUACAGAGGAUAUAAUGCAGAAAUAUAAUAUUCCUCAAAACUGUGACAAUUUAAGUCCGCCUAUGGUAAACCAAGAAGUAUGGAAAAUUCUAGACAAAAAGUCCAGAAGUUAUGACCGUAUGCUUGUCGAAAUCCAGAAUUUAGUUGCUACAGGCAUUGUCCCUGUUAUUAAAUUAGCUGAAAUUAUGGGGGACGCCAUGACUCAAAAAGCCAAAGAAUAUAUUUCAGAUGCCAUAACUAUGUUUGGCCAGGUACAAUACCAACUAUCUCUUAGAAGAAGGUAUAUUAUACGCCCAAAUCUUAAAAGAAAGUAUAAGAAUAUUUGCAAUCAGUCCACACCAGUUACCUCACAGUUGUUUGGAGAUGAUAUUUCGAAAGAAAUAAAAAAUUGUGAAACUGGCAUUUCUCUUGCAUUUCCAAAAUAUGACACUAGACCUUUCAGGGCAAGACCACCUGUAUACAGAAAUUCCUUUAACAGAAGGGGUAGACCACAUCCUUACAAUCAGCAGGGUAACUCACAUAACCCACAAUACAAUAACAUGUAUUACCAGUCUCCUGCAUACAGAGGUGGACAUGUGCAGUACAGGGGUCGGAGACGCCCAACGUCUACAGUGACGUAUGCCAGUGCAAAUGCCCCAAACGAGUAGUUCAGGUUACCACGACACAAGGAUCUGUUGACGAUGGCACACGACGGUACUCCACAUCCUUUGGUAAAGUCAAUCAACAUGAUUGGUGUGAUGCUCUCCGGAAAUCCCUCUACUUCAGGAAAGUUUCACCAGGAGCUGCUGAAG